AUGUCAUACUUGGGGUCGGGCGGCGCUGGCCGGAGCCCGCUGCCGCGCCGGGCGACGCGUCGGUUUUUCGAGUUGGACCAGGGCGGCGACUUGGCGGAUCGCGCUCUGGACGAGGAGGGCGACGAGGGGUGCGCGUGGAGCGAGUCGCGCGGGGUCGAGGGCGAGAAAGAGUUGGAGUGCGUGGACGGGGAGGGGGCGUUGGUGAGCGAUCCGAGGGUGUUCGAGGGCAGGCUGUCGAACGGGACGCGGAUACUGCUGUGCGCGAACGAGGUGCCGGUGGGGCGCGUGUACGUGCAGAUGGUGGUGAAGGUGGGGAGCUACAACGAGUUGGAGGAGGAGAGGGGGUGCGCGCACCUGGUGCAGCACGUGGUGUUUAGGGGGACGGAGGGGUACGACGACAAGGAGUUGGCGAGGUUUGUGUCGAGUUUGGGGGCGCGUCCCGACGCGGACUCGAACGCGACGACGAGGUACGAUUACACGGUGUACAGGAUGGUGGUGCCGCACGAGGGGUUGGACGCCGAGAGGAGGAGGGCGGGGCUGGAGACGGCGGUGAGGAUGUUGUCGGAGAUGGCGACGGGGGGUCGCAUGGAGGAGUGGGCCGUGAGUCACGAGAGGGGGGUGGUGUUGGAGGAGGGCAGGUUGAGGAGGGCGGGGGUGUGGGGGGACCGAGAGGGGGUGGAGGAGGCGGCGUUGGUUGGGACGGAGUACGAGGGGAGGGCGCCUUUGGGUGGGAGGGGGUUCGAGUCGUCGGUGUCGACUUGCACGCCGGAGAGGUUGAGGCGUUUUUAUGAGAAGUGGUACAGGCCGGAGAACAUGGCGGUGGUGGUGGUGGGCGACAUGGGCGACACGCAGGAGGUGAUAGAGAGCGUGUGUCGUCAUUUCGGCGGGGCGAGGUCGGAGUUCGAGGAGGUGGAGCGGGGCGACGAGGAGGCGCCCAAUUCGCCGGCGCUGGCGGCGCUGCGGUCGCGGGACGGGAGUCGGUCCCACUUGUGGCUGUUGUUUCGAUACGCGGAGCCCGUUCGGCGAGGGACGCUGGAGGAGAAGUGUUUUUUGUACGCGGUGAGCGUGUUGACGUGGCUGAUGAACAGUCGCUUCAACGCGGUGGUGAACGGGAAUCUGGGUCGGAUAUUGGAGAUGUGCGCGUCGGAGAGCGGGCUGACGAGGAGGCACCGAGUGUUGGAGGUGCGGGCGACCUCCACGAGGGAGGGCGAGGCGGACGCGUUGAGGGAGGCGCUGAUUGAGGUGGAGAGGCUGAAGAGGCACGAGAUAUCGAGCUCGGACUUGAAGAGGGUUCAGGUGGUGAUGGACGAGUUGGCGACGCGCGAGGAGUGUCUGGAGCAGCCGAGCGACCGCCUGUCGACGAAGUUGGUGAGGAGGUACUUGUACAACGAGCCCGUGCUGUCGCCGAAGGCGAUGAAGGCGUGCUUGAGGAGGAUCUCGAGCGGGUUGACGAGUUCCUACCUGCGCGAGGUGGCGAGGAAGGUUUUGGCGCCCGGGAACCUGCUGGUCUCGGCGAGCGGUCUGGAGGCGGAGGUGAGGGAGAUGAUGAGCCGAGUGGAGGCCCAGGAGGUCGCGCCGGUCGUGUAUUGCAAGCCCACGAGCUUGGUGGCGGAGCGGGAGCUGCGCCCUCCGGGGAGGAUUGAGUCGAUUCACAGACGGGGCUCGUCGGUGAUUUUGGAGCUGAGCAACGCCGCGCAGGUCGUGGUGAACCGCGUGACGCACAGAGAGCCCAAGAACGUUCUUGGCAUCGACCUGGAGAUCGCCGCGGAGGGCGGGUCCGCGGAGGUGUGGCAGGAAGGGAACAGGGCUCAAUACGACGCCGCGGUGGCGUCCAGCCUGUUUGCGAAGCACAUAUCGAUAGGCGGGAUUUGCCUCCCGAUGUUGGGGUUCGAACUGGGCGUGGUCAUGAAGAGCUUGGACUCGCUGCUGUUCGAGAGGAAGGCGCAGUUUUCCUGCUUUCCGUCCUGCCUAGAAUCCAUGCUGCAAGUGGUUUACUGCCUGUUCACGAGGCACCCGAACCGCUGGCCCGACGAGCGGUGUUGGGAGGAGCUGCGCGUGCUGCUGGACCAGAUCGGCGAUUCGUCCCCGCCGAGCUCUCGCCUGUCGGAGCGCGCCCUGUCUCUCAACUGGCAGGACCACUCGCUGUUGUCUCCCCUGACGUACGAGAACCUGCGCAAAAUAGACCUGGCGGACUGCCAGCGGUGGUUCGAGCGCGCCUGGUCCAACCCGUCCGAGUUCGUGUUCGUCCUCACCGGCAACUUCUCCGAGGACCAAGAGGACCAACUGUUCUCGCUGCUGCAAAAAUACGUCGCGUGCAUCCCCUCGAAGAACGAGGAGCCCUUCUUCUCCCCCAAGGCGCGCGCCCAGCGACAGCUCAAGACCAUCCGCAAAGUGCAAAGGACCGUCCAGUUCAGACCGCGCACCAAGGAAGUCUGUCUCUACGAGGGCGACGAGGGAAUCGCCAUCUCCCGCAUCACAUUUCCUAUUCCGGGGUACAAAGUCCAGCUGGAGGCGUCGCUCGUGGAAGUCAUCGCCUGCGCGUUGGAAAACUACCUGUUCAACCUCUUCCGCAACGACAUGGAUCACAUCCACGGCAUCUCCACCUUCACCCUGCACCCCUUCGGCCCCCUCCUCCCCGGAGAGCUGGCCGUUCAGUUCUCCUCCGGCCCGACCCAUGCGCGGUCCGUAGCGCGCCGCGUCCUCCGCGCCAUCAAAAGCCUGCAAACUCAUGACACGCCCUGGUCGUCCCUAGAAGUCAGCAAGGCACUUUACCGACAAAAACAAGAAAGCCUCCCCCCCCACCUGAAGAAAGACGACCAAAUGGGACAUCUCUUCGGACACAAAGUCUCCAACAAAAACCUAGACCAAAUACUUGACGAAGAUCUGGCCAAAGAACUCUUCCACCUCCUCCUUCCCCCCGACCACUACACCCAAGUCACCCUGUAUCCCGCAAGCAUGGCCGCAUCCCCCGCCAGUCGUUGGACGGCUGGGACCGUCACAAUCGUAUCGGCACUCGCGCUCGCCAUCACACUCUACAUUCUCGCCAAAUCCCGUCGCUAA